GCAGCAGUAGAGAGAGGUCGCUGAAACACUGUGGUGUGUGUUCUCGUCCCUGCUGGCCAGGGUACGAGUAGGGAGCUGGUCUCCCCAGACAAAUCCAUCUCCACCAUUAACCUUCCACACUUUAUAAUACACCCCGACUAUGAGCAAAAUGCAGAUGUCUGAGGAUGAAUAUCAGGUCUCCACAAGGCAUAACUCGAUGCAGGAAUAUGUAAAGGAGUUCACCCGUCACUCCAAUGACGUCUUACUGAACUUAAAUGAGCUACGGCAUCGCGACAUCCUGAAUGAUGCCACCCUGCUGGUGGGCAGUGCCCGUCUGCGCGCCCAUUGUGCUGUGCUCACAGCAUGCAGUGGCUUGUUCUACUCACUGUUCUCCCACCAUAAGACCAGUGCAGCUGGUGAGCAAGGGGUUUCUGUGUCACUGCCGGAGGGGCUGGAUGCGGGCAGUGUGGCAUUGCUGCUGGACUUCAUGUAUACUUCCCGCCUUCCUCUCAGUCCUGACACAGCCCCUGGAGUGCUUGCAGCGGCCACCUACCUGCAGAUGGAGCAUGUUGCUGACACCUGCAGAGUAUUCCUAAAAAACAGUAAAGAUCUCUGUCCUCCUGAGGUGGAACUGGUCUCCACAAACACUGGGGGUAGAUCUCCAAACCAUCCCUCCUUUUCUUCACUGCCCUCCAUACCUGCUGUCGACACAAAAGAACCAAGCCCUGCCAAAGCCAGGGUUUCAAGAGAAAACUUUUUACAAGUAAGUUCAGUUUCCAGCUCUCAGCGCUUAAAAGUGGAGGAAGCUGAAUCUUCAGCUUUGUCUCAUAGCCCCCCAUCUCCAGACAGUCCCUCUCAGUGCAGUGGCCAGCCAAAUUCACCAGUUGAGUCUAGUAGCUGUACUUUUCCCCCUAAACCGAAGCAAUGUUCUGAAUCCAGGCUUUUGCCAGACCCUAAGGCCUGUAACUGGAAGAAAUAUAAAUAUAUUAUCCUAAACCCUCUUUGUGCCUCAUCCAUUAAAGAGGAGGAGUGCGGGGAGGACCAACAAAUGUUUGACCACUCCCCCUCUACCACAAAUCAAACAAAUAUCUCACCCAAAACAACCAAUAAGGCAUGGUUGGUUACUGGACCACAACUAAAGGAUAAUGGACAAGACCUGUCUCGUGAUUGUGACAGUCCUCGACUGAAAGUAGAUGCUUCCUUUGGGGGCCUCUUACCACAGACAGCAGACAUUUACAGGGAAUCCCUAGCCACAGUUUCUAAAGAUUGCAGAGGAAUGUGCUCUCCAUAUCACCACCCAUAUCCUUCAGUGCUAGAGGCAUCCAAGCAGAAUGCUCAUCCUUUUGGGAAGCUUUCAGUCAAACUGGAACAUCAGUCCCCAGUGAUCUGUUAUUCAGGAACUCAAGGGAACACAAAGUCUACCAGCUCAGAAAAACCAUAUCGCUGCAAUGUGUGUGGAGCUCAGUUUAAUCGGCCAGCCAAUCUGAAGACCCAUUCCCGCAUUCAUUCAGGAGAAAAGCCAUAUCGCUGUGACACAUGUGGUGCUCGAUUUGUCCAGGUUGCUCAUCUGCGUGCCCAUGUUUUAAUCCACACUGGGGAGAAGCCAUACCCCUGCCAAACAUGUGGAACACGUUUCCGUCACCUGCAGACACUGAAGAGCCACCUGCGCAUUCACACAGGGGAGAAACCAUACAGUUGUGAGAAGUGUGAUCUGCACUUCCGCCAUAAGAGCCAGCUAAGACUGCAUCUAAGGCAGAAGCAUGGUGCCAUAACCAACACCAAGAUCCGCUAUAAUGUUCUGGCUAAUCCAUACCAAACUGCAUAAACCAUAUUGCAGACCUUUCCGAAGAAAAUGAAAAUUCUCUUAAAUAAAAUCUUAAUAAGUUCUAACUUUCACAACUUAUGCUUUUAAAUAGUUUGAAAUAGCUUGAUAUAAAGAGAAGGGGCUAAAAUUUUCAGCUUUAUGCCAGAAUAAAGAGGUGGAGUGCUGCAUUCCUGGAAAGCGCAAAUGCACUAAAACAAACCAAAGUCCUCCAGGAAUACCGCUCUCCUGCACUUGAUGUGCUGACUAUAAGUUUUAUUAUUUAUAUGUUUUUAUAUUUUAUUAUUUAUUUUAAUAGAUGAUUGUUCACCUUUUGAAAUUUUAAUAGCAAGGGGAAUAAGGCAGUGGUAGUUCAGUGAUUAAGGUACUGGAUUAGUGAUCAGAAGAUUACUGGUUCAAGCCCCACCACCACCAAGUUGCCACUGUUGGGCCCCUGAGCAAGGCGCUUAACCCUCAAUUGUUUGCAUUUUAUUCAGUUGUUUGGUUAAAAGCAUUUGCUAAAUGCCAUAAAUGUAAAUGCAAGGUGACAAAAGACAAGCACAAAAAUCAUCUGCGCUUCUUAGCUGUCAGACUUCUGGAAAAAUAUAUGCCUUAGGACACUGGAAUACUACCAGAAAAAAAAACAUUAUUAUUGCUAAUUAGUUUAGGAUUUUUAUAUGUAUUAUAAAACUGUUUUUUUCAUAAAUAUUUUACUUCAGCAGACAGUACCUUCCAGAGUAAGGCAGAUGGUAUGUGAAGUGGGGUGAUAGGCGAUAAAUAAGGUGGUUAAAGAAAGAGGAGUAUUUUCCUAAAACAUGCAAGAUUAUAAAAUGUAAGUGAUUUGGUGAGAAAAGUUUGAUGGAAAAUUGUGUAUGUUGUUAAAAUUAAGUAAAUGAAUGUUGUUAAUGAUGGAAUGUUAAAUUGUACAACUUUAACAGUGAUGUAUAAGAAUGGUAAUGUAAGUAAGAACAGCUAGGAUGAAGGGAAUAGUUCAAAUCUAUGUGUAACUUUUCUUGCAUCUAUAUUUUAUUUAUCUGUUUUGACCUGUUGAAUUUUACUCUCUUACUAGGAGAGCAAUCUUUUGGUGUUUGUAUGUUAGCAUCUCCUUCAUACUUCAUUUAUGGGAGAAUUACAACCUAAAUGUUAUUUCAGUUAUUUGUGCAUUAACACAUUUUCACGCUUCUAAUGUAAAAAGGCCUGGAGCCUGUUUAUUUAGUAAUCCACUAAAAUUCUUAAAAGUUUUGUAUUGAAUAUAAUGAUUGAAAGAAAAGUACUUUUUGUUGGUAAUGGUCUAAGAGUCCAAGCAGGCCGAGGACUCAAGUAAGACUGGCAUAGUAAAUGUAAAGGUUGAUGCUAAGGAUAAUGAUAUUGUUGACAUUGUCAAUUUGUAUGUUCUUUUGCUGGACAAAGACACGAUCUAUUUUAUAUGAAUUAAAGGUAAAUUAUUUUUUUGUAUUGGAA